UUGUAAAUAAGAACUUGUGAAUAAGAUCUUUUACAGUCCUAUAAAUUUGGUCUAAUAUUGAAGUGAAAACCUAACUCUAAUUUAUUUUAUUUUUUUUAAUUGCUUGCUUUCCACGAUUCCACCUAUAUAUGUGAAGUCUCUGGUCAUCCUGGACUUUUUCUCCUCCUCCUCUUUUAAUAAUCUAACACAAACCCCAGAAAUCCAACCAUAAUAAAAGUAGAGAUCGAUUAUCAAAAAUUCUCCAUGAUUCAUUGAUUCUCUCUCUUUCUCUCUCUUCCUAUCUCUUCCACCUCACAAACUUCUGCGUAACACUGUAAGUAAUUAAUUAAUUCCACGAUAAUUCCUCUUCUCUUCUUGUUCGCUCAAUUUUGGCGCGAAAAAAUCAUGAAAAACGAUGAUGAUGAUGUUUCAUUCUCCUUCAUCUCAACAAUUAGCGGAGCUAAUGGCGGUGAAGAAAUCGUAUAUGUUCCGCCGUUAAAUUUUGCAAUGGUUGAUCACGGUAUCUUCAGGUCUGGAUUUCCAGACACUUCUAAUUUGCAGUUUUUGCAAACCCUAGGACUCCGAUCACUCAUCUGUUUGUGUCCAGAGCCAUAUCCGGAGGCGAUCGCAGAGUUCUUGAAAGAAAAUGGGAUUCAUCUCUUUCAAUUCGGCAUAGAGAUGUGCAAGGAACCUUUUGUGAAUAUUCCUGAAGAAAGGGUACGUGAAGCUCUAAAGGCUGCACUGGAUAAGAAAAAUCAGCCGGUUCUUAUACACUGCAAGCGUGGGAAGCACCGAACAGGGUGUCUUGUAGGAUGCGUAAGGAAGCUGCAGAAAUGGUGCCUGUCCUCAAUCUUUGACGAAUACCAGAGAUUUGCUGGUGUCAAAUCUAGGAUUUCGGAUCAGAGGUUUGUCGAGAUGUUUGACAUUUCAAACUUCAAAAUGCAAUUUUCAUCUUCAAACUAAACAUAACCUCCCAUUCUUAACAAUGGAUAAUGCAUAUAUAUACUAAUCCCUCCGUAUUUUAAAAAAUAGACUGGUACGAUUAAAAUAAGAUGAAGUGGUGGUAAUGAGUAAAUUAUAGUAAAAAAUGAUGUGAGUAAGUGUAGGGACCACAAAAAAAAAUGUUUAUAUAAUUGGAAGUGGCGACCAAAACAUGUCAAAAGGGAAAGUAUAUUUUUUUUUAAAUAUGGCAGUUUAAGGAACGUGUAUCUCUUUUUAAAAUACAGAAAAUUCAAACUUGAGUACCAAUUAAAGUAAAUAAAUUAAUUCUGCAUCCCAUCACAGACUCUUUUUCUCUCUACCUUUCCUCCCAAGCAAAACCCCAAAAAAACUCUCAAAAACCUCAUAAAUCUUUAACAAAACUUUAUUGAACAUGUAUGAUGAUGAAAUAUAAGGGUAAAUACUGGCAAACAUAAAACCAGAUAAAUUUAUGUUGCAAAGCGGCUCCCUUAAAAUCUAUAUUGCACAAUUUAAUUAUACAAACAACCAUGACUACUUAAAUUAGUCACUGUGCCUUUCAGUAUGUGCUAAUUUCUAUAAUAUGUUCAAAGUCAACUAAAUAGAUGGUUAAAAUGAGUCAUUGUAAAGUUGUAUUUCCUCUUAAUUUUCUACUCUUUCCCAAAGACUAAGUUUUGCAGAUUAAAAAAUCCAAAAACAAAAAUAAGAAAAAAGAACCCUCAGCUAAUCAAUAGUGAAAGUUAUCGAUCAUGGGUUUAUCAGAAUUAGCAUGGUAUAAAAUUGCAUCACUGGGAUUUGGGAAUUUAUAAGAUCGAUAAAAAUAACUAAAUUUUGAAAGAUCAAUUCAAUUUUUAAAAAAAAAAACUCAGAUAAAUAUUGGAUAAAGUUCAAUUCCCCGAUCUCCACAAAGGAAAUCUCGUAAUGAGCUGGGAUUAAUAAGCAUUUAUCAUCAUUGCUAAUCUAUUUAUUUUCAAUAUAAAAAAAAAAUUAAUCAAAAUAAAAGGAAAAUGUUCCAGAACAUGAGAAGGAAGAAGGAUGAGUGUAGAUUUUAUUUUCAAAAAUAGGAACGCAUCAGCAUCAGCAACAUAGAAGUGUCCACAAGGAAAAGAUUCAAGUUUUCCAUUCGUGUCAAAUUUCUGCAAUGAAUAAAACACCAUCAUUUGCGCUUUAUCUUUCGUAUUUUCUAAAAUACAGCACAAAUUACAUUAAUAUUCAAAAUAAAACAAAAUAAAUGUAGGCGAGUCAACAAUCGAAUCGUCAAUUGAGAAAAAAAAUGUACAAGAUGACGACUGAAACGAUAGCUCGUCUUUGUUUUUGCCUUCUCUUUCGAUUGAUUGAAGAUAAUUGUGAAUUUAUCUUCCCUCAAUAUAAAUAAAAAGAGGCGUAAAUUAACAAAUCCCUCACACAAAUGUUUGGACGAAGAUUUUAAAGAAUUAAAACAGUACCAGUACUACUACUAAGAAGGGAGAUUAAAAAAAAAACGCAGAUGUUGGCGCUGAGUAUUGGAUACAAGUUCAAAGCUUGAUUUUAUAGGAGGGCGGUUUGUUGGAGAAGCAGUCAUAUUCUAACCCUAGAUUGAAUUCCGUUAUUUACUAAUAUACCCUCGUCAUUUUUUAUUUUCUUUUUAAAUGACUAGUUGAACAACCGCGUGCGUAUGUAUUUUGAAAAAAAUAUACGGAGUAUUACUUAGUAUAUUUCUUUUGAGUUAAAUUUUUUGUUUCUUUUAUGUUCCUUACUAGAGUUGGUUAUAAUUUAUAUUUUUUCAAUAUACGAAGUACUACUUAUAUUUCUUUUAAGUUAAUUUUUUUUUAUCUUUUAAUGUUCCUUGGAGUUGGUUAUGCUUUAUUUUUUAAAAUUUUUGUAAUAAUAAAACUUGUAUUAGUUUUUGUACCUGAUUGAAGUU